AUGAAUUUAAUGUUUCGGAAAAACAUGCGCGAAGGUGGCGGCCGGGCCGGUGGUGGCGGUUCGAAAAGUAAGACGACCGGCCGGCAUCAGCGGAAAACGCGCGACAGCUACGGUGGAGCUGGUUCGGACGAGUACCACUACCGGACGCACAUUUUCUUCUCGCCGGGCCACGUCAAGCAGGACAAUGAAGUAAGCUUUGGAGGACAGCCGGGCAGCGGUGGCUUCGUUAGUUCCCGCAGUGAACCGAUCUCGCUGGCGACGCUGGAUAAGGACUGCUUUAUCAUUCCGGUCCACAGCCUGGACCGCUUCCUGCCGGCAGGAAUUCCGCUUCCAACGCCGGAAACGGCCGACCCAUCGCAGGUUGGGCCGCUCAGUGUGCUCGAGGUGUCCGAUCCGAAGAUCUGCAUCCUAGCCCACCUAAUGAGCCCGCUGGAACCGAUCGAUCCGCUACUGGAAUCGCCGCUAGCCCACCCGCUCAUGAAGCAGCGAGCCGUUGCGUCCGAGUUGCUGAACGAGGUCCAGCAGGGCAAUAAUGCCGUCGGCGGAAUGCUGCUCGCCAACAUGGAGCGAAGUUCCGCCGAGUUUCCCUUCAUCGCUUAUUAUGUGAUAAACACGACCCAAACCGAUCCCGCCAUGUUCUACACGGGGGUGCGCGGUGCCUCGCUGUCCAAGUUUGAGCCGAAAAACACACGCUACACCGCGGCCCACACGCUCGAUCUGUACAGUGAGGUGGCAUCCAUCUGUCGGCCUCCGUUGGCCCUAGCCCCGAAUGAGAUAGGCAGCGUGAAAAAGGGCCAAACGCCAUCCACCGGAUACAUCAUUAGUGUCUACAAGGUGUACGAAGGUGAUGAUGGAGAACGGUUCGAGCGGAACUGGCUGUACUGGACCGGUGCCAGGAUGAUUUACAGGUACCUUCCUAAAACGGCGGGACUACGAAGAAUAACGCUGCACAAAAGUGUUUCCUCGCGGGGCGACAAGAUGUAUCUGCUCCUGUGUGAAUGUGCCGAUCUGCUCAAGGAUCUGUCCGCAGCUGCCCUGCUAAUACCGGCCCUAAGGGCCCGAUUAUGUGGCUACACCGGCCUGUACCGGCCAAUACAAACGUUCUGA